UAAAGGAAAUGUAUGUAUGAUAAGAAACUUGCUGGCAAGGCCUUAUCUGCUUGAUAAACGGAAGUUCGUUUCUUUCACAGUAACUUAUAUUCUAUCAUUAGCUCAACUCAUAAUUUUUUAGUUUUACGAUGGUUGAUUCUGAGCCGAGUGAAUUGUUGGAUAGUGUCAACUUUUUGAUUGGCAAAAUCAGCUGCCUAGACAUCGAUAAUAGAGAUAUGAUUGCAAGAAUUGAACAGCAGGAAAAGCGAUUUGAAAAUUUAAUGUUUGAAAAUGCCGGAGCGAAGACUCAAGAGACGAAAGACACUAGCUUAUUCAACUUUGCAGAUAAUUUAGAAGAUUGUAUUAAGAUAUUGAUUGCAAGGAUAGGGGAUAUAGAAGUAAGUCAUUUAAAUUUGAGACAUAAAAUUGAAAUAUUAGAAGAAAAGAUGAGAAAUGUAGAACAAAAAAUAAGAAAACCACCACCUCAAAUACCUCCAAAGCCUACAAACUUACAUCUUAAACGAUCGACCAAAGGUAAAUCAAGACCUCAUCAUGCAGAUAAUAAUUGCAAGCAAGCUAAUCCCUCAAAUAUUUCAACGGCGAAACUAAACAACACCACAAAUAACAACAGGAGUGAAAAAAUUUAUAAUUCAGCAGGUGGUAACCGAGCAAAUCCUUGUUUGGAUUUGGACAAUUUGCAACCAAAAGAACAUCAAAGCAGCAUCGGUAAAACAAUAGAUAACCAAGAAAAAGAAAAGGACAAGAUGUCUUGUAUUCUGAAAGAGCUGCUUGUUUCUGAGAGUGAUUAUAUCGACCAACUUGAAACAAUUAAACAGGGUUACAUAAUACCUUUGAAAUCAGAGCCUGGAGAUGGUAACAUGUACUGCCCAGAAUUGAAAUGCAAAGUUGAUGAUAUAUUUGGCAAUUUUGAAGAGAUAUAUGCUUUCCACAAACAAGUUUUUAUCAAUGAGCUAAAACAAAGUAUUUGUCAUGAAUCCAAACCUAUAGCUCAAUGCUUUUUAAAAAGGAUAGAUGACCUUAAUAGAUUAUAUAGCACUUACUGCCAAAAUUUGGAGAAAAAAAUGCUAUUUAGACAAAGCAUUAAAAAUCAUUAUUUCUUGAAAAUUUGCCAAGAUCGCUUGGGUCAUCAACUUUCAUUAGAAACAUAUCUUAUCAAGCCUGUUCAAAGAAUAACUAAGUAUCAACUUUUGAUCAAGGAAUUACUCAAUUGCAAUGAUGAUACACAAUGGAGGAGUGAACUUCAAGAAGCACUUGAGUGCAUAUUGUCUGUUUUGAAUUGUGUUAACGAGAGUAUGCCUACAUUUUCAGUGGCUGAUUAUCCAUAUGACCUCAGUGAACUUGGAGACCGUUUAUUGCAUAACGACUUUUUGGUCAAAUCGAAAAAACCUAAGGACCUGCUUCAGAAAAAACAAAAGAGACACAUUUUGCUAUACCAAAAUGCUUUGAUGUUGUGUAAGCGUAAGGAGAAAAGCUUCAAAGAUACAUAUUGUUUUAAAGAACUUUUAAUGAUGAAUGAUAUCAGUUGUGUUAAUCUUGUCAAAGAAGACAGCAGAACAUUUGAUUUUGAACUGGUCGGAAAGAGUGGAGUGUACAUAAUAGAAGCUGUAGAUGAAGAACAAAGAAGUUGUUGGGUUAACCAAAUCAAAUUGCUACUUGAUAAGGUUAAGUCAAACAUAAGUCCCAUAGAGGAUGACUUUUCAGAUUCAAGCGAUGAAAACUUUAACUUAGAUACUGAAAAAACACCUUCUUGCCAAGUUUAUAUCGUAGGAAACAGCUAUGAAGCUUCCAAAGCGUGUGAACUUACAAUAAAAAAAGGUGACAUAGUGUAUUUGAUUUCAGAUGAAAAUCCUUGCUGGUGGUUUGUCAGACUUUACGGCGUUGACACCAAUUGCAAGAAAGAAGGCUUAGUGCCUGCAGCAAACCUGGAGCUUUACACUAGAACAUCAUUCUAUGAUUCAUUUUCAGAUACUUCUAUAACAAAUAAUUAAGCAACAAAAACAAAAAUCAUUUCUAGCACUUAUAAAUGAACAUAUUCUAGAGAUAGGGAAAGGAAAAUUCUUUUUCAGUCUGUUUUUAAAGCCUAUAUGUUUCAAAAAGUUUUUAAAUGAAUAAAUAUUUUGUAAAUUGUACUAUUUUGUUGAACAAUACAAAUGUAAAUGUAAUAUGUCUUUCAAAAUUCAAAUCAUUGAUGUUAAUUUGCCUAAUUUCAGGAAUUUCGCUUGAAGCAAAUUAUAUUUUUUGAGUAAAAAUUAUACUAUUAAAGAUGUACAGUGGUUUUACUUAUUUUGUAUUUUAUGCAACAUAUUUUAUGUAAAUUUUUUAAUUCCAAAGGACUGCAAUGCAUUUCAAGGCUCUGUCUGGUCUUUUUUUAGAGUUUAUAAUUAUUUGUUGUUGACAUUAAAAAUAAUCAGAUUAAUUGUCAACUACAUUUUUCUAUAGACACUACUUCAUUUAUUUCUACCACUCUCUUUCUCACUCUCUCUCUCUCUCUCUCUCUCUCUCUCUCUCUCACUCUCUCUCCCCCCCUCUCUCUCUCUCAAACCCACAUAGGCUCGGCUACCUUUGUUGGUUCGAAUCCCGCUCGUGACACUGGCUUUUUCAUUUCAACCAAACCUUACAUAAAAAGAUUUAUAAUAAUAAUAUUAAAAAAAGCGAUAUCAAUAAAACUAUCAUAGAAACUUA